AUGAUGGAUCCAAAUGUCCAGCUUGUUAUGAGAGGAUAUAGAAAAAAAAGCAAGGAGGCUCUUCAAGAAAUUUUGGAACCUUUUGCAGGAGUAACAACUGAAUGUCUACAGGAAUGGAUAGAUUAUGAGCGGGUUGUGUGUAUCCGCAGCAAAUCAACUGAAAAUCACUCCUUGUCACCUGCUGAAGAGUAUUGUCUAGUCCUGGAGGAGCUAACAAAAUACAGGGGUGUGUUUGCGACGGAUGUAAACAAAGAUAAGAAAAGGCUAGAGACAAAACUGAAAAAGAAAGGGAAGAAGGCUGGUGUCAAAUGGGACUCAACAAAUGUUGAUUACCUGCGGACACUCAAGACUGCACAAGAGAAACUAAGACUUCAGAUACUGGAGACCCUUCAACAGACCACUGCAGAGAGGCUGUUUUUGUUAGAUUUAAUGAAAAAGUAUGCAAGAGGACAAGCUGUAGCCAUAAGAUUGGGCAAGCAACAAAAAGAUGAGAGAACAGCUGUCGUUGUACAAUGCGGUUGGCGGGGAAGUCGUUAAAAUGCCGACACAUUUGUCAUUUGAAGAUGUAAAGUCGUGCGACAGCAAGCUGUGGGACAUUUUGAAGUCAUCAGAUGUAGGUGCUUGGAGGACCAGUGUGCCUGUGUCUGUAAAACAGCAAGCUGUUCGCCUGUUUUGCAUGACACAGAGAGCUGCAGAAGAAAAGGAACUUUUGAUUUCAGAAAUGAAGUCAACAUUACAUUUCUUUUCCAAUGAACAUUCAGGUCUUUUAAACAAGGUCCUGGAUAAUGUUAAAGGAGACAUGCCAGUCAUCAUCAAAGAAGGGCUUUAUGUGGAAAUGAAAUUUAAUUCAUUACUGAAGGCAUUCCAGUCAUAUCUCCCAGACUU